AAGCUCACGGUUUAGUUUGGUCGCGACUCUUUUUCCAAAAGCGCUUCCAAAAACAGAAACAUUAACAAACCCCCAUCUCGACGAAUUAGGAGGAAUUGUGUCGAUACCAACCUCACUGAUAACAGCAUCGUAGGGGGCCUCUUUUAACUAAUACCAACCAUUCCACACUGCGACCGUAACUACGAACGAGCGAGUCCAUCGACAAAGGCUUGCCUGCGAUGUACGGAUACUGAUACGAUUUUACUCAAUUCCCAAGCCAGUCAGCAACCUUCCUUACCAUCCACCACUUUUCUCUUCACAACGCGCCUCAUUUGAGCCAGGCAUGGCUGAGUUUCGCGUUCUCGAGGGGCUACAGGCCCUCCACUCGGAGCUGGUUGCUGUUCGCCAACACCGUUUUGACAACAUCUCAGUCCUAGAGAACCUGAUCGAGCUGCAUUCCGACAACUUGAAGGCGCUGGUUGACAAGACACCACGAAACUCUACCCAUAGAAACGACAUCACCAACAAAAAGGUAAUCAAGACCAACGACGGCGAAUUCAAGGUCAACGAUGACUUCAUCUUCGAGACUCUCAAGGCCGCCGACGAGUUGGAUCUGGAUGAGUACGAGGCUGGAAGGAUUAUUCUGGAUUGCCAGGACGAGGACGACUCGGAAAUACAGUCACGCCCGCUAUGGGAAUGCGGUCUCAUCCGCUUCCACCAAGAACGAAAAUACCUACUCGACUGCAUGCGGCUCUGCAUCGAAUUAGCAAACGACGAGGAAAUGGACGACAAUUUGAAGGAUGCCUUUGGGAAAAUUCUGGAGGAAAAGAUCUUCGUCAAGGGCUCAAGCAAAAAGAUUGUCGCGAGAUGUAUGGAGGCUAUGCAAACCAUCAAGGCCAUGUUGCAGAGCAUCAACGAGAGGGUGGCGUCCCGGUACAUGCUAGAACAAGCCAGUCUCGCCCGGCCCCCAGAGGCUGCCGACACGAUUGAGUUCUCCCGCAUGAGCCUCGUGGAGCAGCAUGAGUGUCUUGCCAUGAUACUGCACGCUGCCGUGGAAAAGCAGUACGCCGAUAUCAACGACUUCAAGCAGUUUUUGGGGACGCUAAAGAAGAUCGAUAAGUACGAUCAAUUUCUCGUUCAUCUGUUCCCUGUUUUGGCCGCCUACAUCAACGUGUUUGGCUCACCAGAUGGCAUGUGUGACUUUCAGCAGUCUCGCCAGUUGGACCAAGAGAUCUUGAAAACUGGAGAUGGUGACAGCUGGGCUAUUUCGUAUCUGGGAGCGGCCACGCGGGUCUGGUGGAUUGCCGAGUACACUGGAUACUUCCAAGUCGAUAACGAAUUCGAUCUUGGUGGGUUGGAUCUGGACGUCGAGUUCGACAAGAGAACAAAGGCAUUUACAGAGGCCCUCAAGGAGGGGGCAUUCGACUUUAUCCUUUCUGUGGCGGCCGAUUGCAAGACGGAGGAGUGGCAAGACCCAUCACGCAUGGGAAUGCGGCAGUGGUUGCAACGGAAGUCACCUCCUCUCCAAGGUGAUUUCUACUACUUCAACCAUUUCCUCCAGCUCAGCCUGAUGGCCCACCUGGAGGUGUUUAUCGACUCUGUCAUCACAAACCUACCCGAGCUUGUCAGGACACUAAAAACAGAGGAGGAUGAGCAGCGCCAGUUGAGCCAAACCCACGAGCAAGACCUCGACCUCGAGCGGUUCGUGGUCAUCAUCUCGUAUGCGUACGAGGACAGGCCAGAUGCCGCCAUGACCUUCUUCGAGGACCCAGAUAGUGCUCUGUAUGGUUUCCUACAAUGGGCGUCCACAAAAGCAUCAACGCCCCUGGUUAGUGCGUUUUGCGAGAUGCUACAGGCUCUGGCCUGCAACGAGGAGACUGCAACGGCUGCCCAUACAUUUUUGCUCGACGAGGGGCACCAGUCUUCUGGCAAAAUGAGGCGAUCCCAAUCGCUGACCUGGAACCAAAUCUUUAGGGAAUUAGAGUUCUUUGCCAAGAAACUGAGCGAGAGGCCCAACCCAGCGCAAAUGCAGAUCCAGCGUCCAGGCAAACCGGGCACCGAUCAGGGAGAGGCCGAGCCUGAAUCGGCCAUGAUGCUGGAGUGCUAUGUUCGGUUGAUUGGCAAGCUCACAGCGGAGAGCAGCACCUGCAGAACCAGGUUGGCAACGACACAGGAACUCAUGUUUCCCGAGAUUCUGUUCAGGUUGGCAAAUGCGAACGUCACUCCCCGGCUUCGCGCCGCUGUCUUUUACAGCUUAAGAUCACUGUUGGUCAUGAAGUCGGUUUCCGAAAGUAACAUAAUAUGGACUCUUGUGGACAACUUCACCAUGGGAGCUCUGGACCCCAACAACCCGGCGACUGUUCAACAACAGCGAAGUCCUUCAUAUCAGUCGACGUACGAAGAACUGCAGGAACGCGCUUUCAACGAUUUAUCCACUGGCUUUGAGGAGCCAAACGCAUUCAUCCAGCUUCUUACGUCGUUGGUCACGCCCUAUACAGUCUCCGACGGGCUCAACGACACCUUGCCGUUCCCCGAGUUUCUCGGUGUGAACAAGCGAAGACCCGGGAUAGAGAUCUAUGUUGACUUUGUGUUCUUGAUGUUCACCAUGAAGCCGAGGGAAAUAGUAGACCAAGGCCAACUGAGAAUGCUGCGUCUCUCCUGCCUAGAAUUCAUUCUGGCAUGCUUGCAAACCUUCAACGAAGACCUGAUCGUCCUGGGCAACGAGACAAACAUCGAGAUUGACAAGGCUGUGAAAACGACCAGUCUCGCGGUUUAUGUUCGCCUUCAUCCUUUUGCUCGCGUUAUGGAGUGGAUGUAUAGCGAAAAGGCCAUCACUGCCCUGAUGGAUACCAUUCAUCAGGACCAGUAUGCCCUCAGCCGGGCUUCACCUCACUCGCCCUUGAUCCAGAGUAUCUUGCGUGGGAUCCAGGUGCUGAUCAAGGUUCUCGACCUUCAGGCGACCUUUAUUCACUUGGUGCGGCCUGUGAUUCAAUCCGAGGCCGGGAAGCGGAGGCCGCUUACUCUGGCCAAGAGCACGUACACGUCCAUUGAGGAUGGAAUUCUCAACCAUCUGACACUGCUGGUUGAUCUGGGCAAGUAUUGCAACCUCGGGGUCAGCGAACUCACUCUUUCCUGUCUCAAGCUGCUAGAGAAGGUUUCAACUUCCAGCAAGCUUAUUUCGGCAUGGAAUCCCGACACCCAUCGCCCAGGACACCGGAACAAGGCCAUUGUCCAGCUUGAGAAGGAUGGCGAGGGCGAGGUCAUCGGAACAUCACUUGCUGCUAGCAUCAACGCGGUAAUCGAUCCGGCGCUCGAGACAGAGUCGGAAGAAUACCUGAUCAAACUCUUCAUUCUCGACUUUUUAUACGAGACCCUCAGGGCAUCGCCCGACCAGCCCACGAUUGCGCAUUUGCUUCUCGGUUUCAACUGCGAGCUGCGGGGGUUGAGCGUUGCGCCCAACGGGGUGUUUGACAACCAGAGAUCUCUCUUCCAUAGCCUGUUGGGUGUGGUCAUCGAACUGGUGGUGAAUGAGGGUGAUCGAGGAAUGCGCGGAUACUUGAUUACGCUCAAGUACAAGAUUCUCCGCAUCUUCCAGCUGCUGUGGAAGUCGCCGCUUUCGUCGACUUUGGUGAUGGAAGAGUUGAGGUCAACCAACUUUCUGUUCCACAUGCUUCUGAGAGAGUCACAAAUCGUGCCGGGGCUGCCGUGGAACGAUAUGACGCUGGAUGACAAUUCGUUCCUCCUGUCGACGGCGUCGGUUGCGUAUAUCGACUACCUCGGUUCGAGGGCCAUUGUCUUUGAGUAUAUUGCCAAGGAGCUGUGCAGCGUUUCGCAGAACAGGAUACCGUCGAUCAAGCGUCAGAUUUUUGAUGCUCUCAAUGGGCAGAUCACGCUGGAGAACCAGGAGACGUUGGCGGCGCACAAUAUUUUUGACUUUUUUGAUUUCAUGAAUGUUGAUAUCUCGUGGGAGGUUGCGCCGCCGCAGUUUCAUUUCUACCAUGAGCUCGACCUGAGCCCGUGUGUGAUCGACGCUGGGGGGACGGGGAUCCAGUACAAUCUCUCCAGAGUGAAGGAGUGCAUUCAGCUCAAGCGUAGCGAGUACCGGGACACGCUGGCCAUGGUGCCUCAGGAGGGCAUGGAUGAGAUCCAAGCGGAGGAGCAGGUGUUGCUGGAAUAUCUCCUGUUCAACAACCGCCGGGUUUUGGUUCGGGCUGUCAGGCUCGAGCUGCUGAAGAAGUGGUCGGAUCUGUUGCUGGUCAUGUUCGAGGCCAAUGAGUUCAGGGGCACGGUCAAGACGACGUUCUUGCUGCAGGCGCUGCAGGCUAUUCUGCCGACGUUGGAGUCGUUGAACACGGACAGUCCUCCCGAGGCGUUUGAGCUGGCAAAGGUGGCCAAGAUCCUUCUUUACAAGCUUGACUUUUCGGAUAAUACCGGCGGUGCGCCUGGGUCGGAGACGGAUAAGAUUGCCAUGGGGAAUCUGGUCAGCGAGAAGCUGUUUCAGCUUUUCCAGGUAUGUCUGGCGUCUAUUGUCAAAUGGAACCAGUUUGCCGAGCUGCGCGGGUUAUACUACAGUAUCUGUUACCGCUACCUUACUGGGGUGGUGGACAACGACGGCGGCGACACGCGCAGCUCGAGCCUCCUCACGGCGAGGAUCAGAACCCACAAGGCCAUCCAGAACCACGGGGAGAAGCUCCUUCACGUCAUCUGCGAUGAUGCUUAUGGGUCUGACACGCUCUGCCAGACCGCUGCCAUGGUCCUUUUAUCAGCUCUAGUCCACAUUUCCCGCUCCUCAUCGCACACCAACCCAACAUCCAUUUCCGUCAUUGAGUCCCUCAACAGGCUCAAUUUCAUCGGCGUCUUGGUCGACUCGCUGAAAACAAUCCUGCGAGAAUGGCUCGCGAUUAUCAACCCCCCUUCUCCUCUCCCCGUCUCAACAGCAGAAGCGACGGAGCAGUACCUCACCGCCAAACUCUGCUUCCUCCUCCAGCUCGCCCAGACCAAAACAGGGGCGAUGUACAUCCUCCAAGCCAACCUCUUCCGCGCGUUGGAAAUCUCGGGUGUGUUUGCCGCCGACCCAGAGCUGGAGAUCAACCCGUCCAACACUGUCGCGUUGGAAAAACACUACUUUUUGCUUGUGUCGCUGGCUAGGAUUAUUACUGCUAGUGUGCUGUCGAGGGGGCAGGGGAAUAUUGUCCAGGCGAGGGGGUUUUUGCAGAGGCACAGGAUGCUGGUUGUGCACACGCUCAAGAGGGCGGCGGGGAUUGGGAUUGUGGGGAAUGGGAUGUGGGGAGGGGGGGAGGAACAACAGCAGGAGAGGUCAAUUAGUGAUGGGUUCUCUUUUGGGGGGACCGUGAGGGGGGUUGAUUCCAUACUGGGGGGUGGGAAGAAGGGGGGGAAUAAUAACAAUAACAACAACAACAACAACAACAACAACAACAACAAGGAGGCGCAGAGGAGGUUGGAGGAGAGGAUUGGGGAGUUGGGGGAGAGCUUGAUGGUUUUGAUUGGGGGGGUGGGAUUUUUGGAGUACGAGCUGGAUCAGCUGCCGGCUGAGAGGGCUAGUGUUGUGAAUACGACACUGUUCCACUGA